CCGCCGCCGCCGCCGCCGCCGCUCUCCGCGAUGGAGCCGGGGACCGAGGCGGGGCCGCAGCCGGGGCCGGGGCCCUGGCUCGACAUGGCGCCGGAGCUGACCCACGACGAGGAGCUGGCCACCAAGCAGUUUCUGGAGGAGAUUAACAAGUGGACAGUUCAGUACAAUGUGUCUCCGCUCUCUUGGAACCUGGCUGUCAGGUUCCUCAUGGCCAGAAAGUUUGAUGUCCUCCGGGCUAUUGAAUUGUUCCACGCCUACAGGGAAAUGCGACGGAAAGAAGGAAUCGUCAAGCUGAGGCCUCAUGAGGACCCUCUCCGUUCAGAAAUCCUCAGUGGGAAGUUCACUAUCCUAAACACACGGGAUCCCUCUGGAGCCUCCAUUGCCCUCUUUACUGCUAAGUUACAUCAUCCUCACAAGUCCUCCCAGCAUGUGGUGCUCCAGGCUCUGUUCUACCUGCUGGACAGAGCAAUGGAUAGUUUUGAAACUCAAAGGAAUGGACUAGUGUUUAUCUACGACAUGGGGGGUUCCAAUUAUAACAACUUCGAGCUAGACCUUGGCAAGAAAGUCCUAAACCUUCUGAAGGGAGCCUUCCCAGCUCGAUUGAAGAAGGUGUUGAUCGUAGGGGCGCCCAUGUGGUUCCGAGUGCCCUAUUCCAUCAUCAGUAUCCUGCUGAAGGACAAAGUCCGUGAAAGGAUUCAGAUAAUGAGGACAAGUGAGCUGACCCAGCAUUUGCCCCGGGAGUGCCUUCCUGAAAGCCUGGGGGGAUAUAUAAAGUUGGACCUCACCAGCUGGAACUUCCAGUUUCUGCCUCAAGUGAACGGCCACCUGGACCCUCUGGAUGAAAUUAUCUUAUUGUCCCUCACUCCCUCUGAGGAGAGCGACUCAGUGCACAUCCCGGGCCCCCAUGCCAUGACCAUCUUGGAGCUGCUGGAACACUUCAGCCACCGGCAGAAGAGGGGGAUUUACGAAGAGUACGAGGACAUUCGCCGAGAGAACCCUGUUGGCACCUUCCACUGUUCCAUGUCACCAGGUAACUUGGAGAAAAACCGAUAUGGCGACGUGCCGUGCCUGGACCAAACCCGAGUGAAGUUGACCAAAGGGAGUGGUAUCACCCAGACAGACUACAUCAAUGCCAGUUUCAUGGAUGGAUAUAAGCAGAAGAACGCUUAUAUCGGCACACAAGGUCCCUUGGAGAACACCUACCAUGACUUUUGGCUCAUGGUCUGGGAGCAGAGAGUUCUGGUGAUUGUCAUGACCACACGGUGA